AUGGAUCUAAUAAAUAAUACCAACAACGAUAGCUGGUUUGAUUUGUUACUUACUGUACUAUUUAUUGGGGAGACUGAUAGCAUUCGCAAUGUGCAGCGAUACAAAUCCCACCGCCGCAGCCUUCCUCUCCCAUCAACUUGGCGAGGUAAGAUUGGGAACACCGUUCAAUCAAUCCACCACCAACAGCUUCUGUUGUUGAUCUCCCCAGCUUCACCAACAUAUCAACGGUCACCUAUUCCGGGGAAUCCCAGCCCAUACCGAAUUUACCUACCACUGGGACGGAUCUCAGAACCUAUCUCUGUUCCUUCUGUGGGCCUGCCAUAG